GUUGUUUUCCUCUCCUGGAUGAUGAGGUGCGUAAAGAGGCGCCAGCGCAGCGCACCGGGCUGAGGAGGCGGCUAAUGAGCGCAGCAGACAGCAGACACUGUCCAACAAACACGAAGCGUCUCACAGCCCGAGACAGCAUGAAGACAAACCGCAGACUGAGGAGGAAAGAUUCACCUGCAGACCACUGAGUGAGGCGGCAGGAUGGCGGGGGGUCGGAGGGGACUUGUGGCCCCUCAGAAUACUUUUCUGGAGAAUAUUGUGAGACGGUCGAACGUUUGGACACUGUCACAUAGACAGACAGACACCAACUUUGUCCUGGGAAACGCCCAGAUAGUGGACUGGCCCAUCGUCUACAGCAACGAUGGUUUCUGCAAGCUGUCUGGGUACCACAGAGCCGAGGUGAUGCAGAAAAGCAGCACCUGCAGCUUCAUGUAUGGGGAGCUCACAGACAAGGACACGACGGAGAAAGUGCGGCUAACGUUCGAGAAUUAUGAGAUGAACUCGUUUGAAAUACUGAUGUACAAGAAGAACAGGACGCCUGUUUGGUUUUUUGUGAAGAUUGCUCCCAUUCGAAACGAGCAGGAGAAAGUGGUCCUGUUUCUGUGCACGUUCAGCGACAUCACAGCCUUUAAGCAGCCCAUCGAAGACGAUUCUUCCAAAGGCUGGGGAAAGUUUGCUCGACUGACUCGAGCUCUAACAAGCAGCAGAGGAGUCUUACAGCAGCUGCAGCCCACAGUUCACAAAGGAGAGAAUGUCCACAAGCACUCCCGGCUGGCUGAGGUUCUGCAGCUCGGCUCAGAUAUCCUACCUCAGUACAAGCAGGAGACCCCCAAAACCCCUCCUCACAUCAUCCUGCACUACUGCCUCUUCAAGACGACGUGGGACUGGGUCAUCCUCAUCCUCACCUUCUACACGGCCAUCAUGGUCCCCUACAACGUCUCCUUCAAGACCAAGCAGAACAACGUGCAGUGGCUGGUAGUGGACAGCAUCGUGGACGUCAUCUUCUUGGUGGACAUCGUUCUCAACUUCCACACCACGUUCGUCGGACCCGCCGGCGAGGUCAUCUCAGACCCCAAGCUGAUCCGAAUGAACUACCUGAAGACCUGGUUUGUCAUCGACCUGCUGUCCUGCCUGCCGUACGACGUCAUCAACGCGUUCGAGAACGUCGACGAGGGGAUCAGCAGUCUGUUCAGCUCUCUUAAGGUGGUCCGACUUCUCCGUCUGGGUCGGGUCGCCCGUAAACUGGAUCACUACAUCGAGUACGGGGCGGCCGUCCUGGUGCUGCUGGUGUGUGUUUUCGGCCUGGCUGCCCACUGGCUCGCCUGCAUUUGGUACAGCAUCGGGGAUUACGAGGUUAUCGACGAGGAAACCAACAUCGUGCGGAUGGACAGCUGGCUCUACAUCCUGGCUGAGACGGUGGGAACGCCGUACCGAUUCAACGCCACCGGAUCAGGGAAGUGGGAGGGUGGCCCGAACAAGACGUCCGUCUACAUCACCUCCCUGUACUUCACCAUGACCAGCCUGACCAGCAUCGGCUUCGGAAACAUCGCCCCCACCACGGACGGAGAGAAGAUCUUCGCCGUGGCUAUGAUGAUGAUUGGAUCUCUCCUUUACGCCACCAUCUUUGGUAACGUGACGACGAUCUUCCAGCAGAUGUACGCCAACACGAAUCGUUACCAUGAGAUGCUGAACAGCGUCCGGGACUUCCUGAAGCUCUACCAAGUGCCCAAAGGCUUGAGCGAACGAGUUAUGGACUACAUCGCCUCCACCUGGUCCAUGUCGAGGGGAAUAGACACCGAAAAGGUGUUGCAGAUUUGCCCGAAGGACAUGAGAGCGGAUAUCUGUGUUCAUCUCAACCGCAAAGUUUUUAAGGAGCACCCAGCUUUCCGUCUGGCCAGCGACGGCUGUCUGAGAGCUCUGGCGAUGGAGUUUCAGACCAUCCACUGCGCUCCCGGCGACCUGAUCUACCACGCCGGCGAGAGCGUGGACAGCCUCUGUUUCGUGGUGUCGGGGUCACUGGAGGUCAUUCAGGAUGACGAGGUGGUGGCCAUUUUGGGUAAGGGAGAUGUUUUCGGGGAUGUUUUCUGGAAGGAGGUGACUCUGGCUCAGGCCUGCGCCAACGUCCGAGCUCUGACCUACUGCGACCUGCACGUCAUCAAACGCGACGCUCUGCAGAAGGUUCUGGAGUUCUACACGGCGUUCUCCAACCACUUCUCCAGAAACCUGCUGCUCACCUACAACCUGAGGAAGAGGAUCGUCUUCCGGAAGAUCAGCGACGUCAAACGGGAGGAAGAGGAGCGGCAGAGACGUAAAAACGAAGCCCCUUUGAACCUGCCGCCAGAUCACCCAGUACGAAAACUCUUCCAGCGCUUCCGACAGCAGAAGGAAGCUCGCAUGACCAAACCAGAACUGGACGAACAAGACAUCGAAAAGGGCCCCGUCUACGUGGAGUUCCCAAUGGCUAAUGCCGCCAUUACGACCACCAGCAUUGUCACGGUAACAGAAAGCCCAGCAACGCCCUCAUCUUCGACACCUUCGUCUUCAACUCCUCCAAACUGCAGCCCCUCGGAUAAGGCCAAGCUGCAGGUGCCAUCGCCCAUUUCUCUUGUAGGAGGUCGAGCUGCCGAGCCGGUCAAAGUAAAAGGCUGGGGCCGCUUCAAGGAGUCCAUGGCCAAAGCCGACAACUGGAACAAAGUGUCUAAAGCCGAGUCCAUGGAGACUUUACCUGAACGGACCAAGGUGCACGAGUCGCAGAUGUCUCUAAAGAAGACGGACUCGUGCGAUAGCGGCAUCACCAAAAGCGACCUGCGUUUGGACAAAGUGGGCGACUUGCGGUUGACGCCUCAGGACCGCAGUCCGGCCCAACCUCCAGAGACCAGGCACGUCUUCUACCCCAUCCCCGAGCAGACGCUGCAGGCCUCGCUGCAGGAGCUCAAGCUGGAGCUGAAGGACGACCUCAAGAGCCUGAACGCUCGCAUGUCCGGCCUGGAGGCGCAGCUCAACGAAGCGCUUGAGCUCCUCAAAGCCAGGAAGUCAAGCGCCGGAUCUCCGCAGCCACUUUUUGACAUUUCUAGACCUGUUUCACCAGAAGUGGACAAAGAGGACAUCUUCUCUUGAAAGGAGGAUUCAUGAGGUGAAUAGUGAACUCAUCUGGAAUCCCGUAGUAACCGGAUUACUCGGAUAGCCGAGGCCGCACUGGGUGCAUCAUUUAGAUUAGGCAUGAGUGUGUUCUGGAAGAAGCACCGGCCUUCAUCGUGGCGACGGACGAAGGCAAGUCUAGGUCGUCGCCCGGAUCUUGGCGGCGUAGCACCGAACGCUCGGAGGUUCCACAAAAACUGACAGCGAUGUUUGUACAUAUUUAUUUUUCCACUGUGUGAUGGAAAAAUGGUUCGAUUUUAUCCAAAAUCAGAUUCUGAGAGUCUCCCAGUAGAUGCAUCUCUGCGUGGAGGCUCCAGUGGAAGCAGCAUGACCCACUGGUUUGCCACUGAAUCGUUUGUAUGAGAUUCUCCUGCAUGCCACAUAAAGUAGACGAGCGCCUCAACGUUGCAGGCGGCGCACGUUUGAUUAAUCGAGGCCGCGGCGCCACUCAUUUGCAUUAUUUCACGGCGACAGUGAAAAAGGGGGACGGUCUUUGCAGAUGUUGAAACUAUCUCAGAGGAAUUUCCUCAAAAAGUCCUCUUAUUAUAUCAGCUGCCAGGAUCAUUAUGAAUUAUACAAGAGAUAACUCUGCCCAGGCAAUCUGAUUUUCCCUAACAUGUUUGAGCAGAACUUCUAAUUUCCAUAAACCACAGAUAGAUGUGCUUGAUGAAAAAUGGAAUAGAAUGCUAACUAGAGAGCGAGUUAUCCAUCUUUCCUGAUAUCUGCUAUGUUAUUCUCAUAUACAAACACUGCAGCCACAUGCAUAUAUAUAUAUAUUGUAUGAGAGCCAAGCAGCUUUAUCUCCACUGAUGCAUUCAGUGAUUAAGUAAUGCAGAUGGUACUGAUUAUGGUUAUGGCCCUUACGUUCUCUGAAAACUGUCAUGAACACAAUAAGGAAAGAAAUUUGCAUAAUAUUCCUUAAAAAAUUAUUUAUGUAAAAUAAAACAGGCUGUAACAAAGUGGACUAGGAUCACAGGAAGCUUUUAUAGUGAUGAUUUUUGCUACUAUUGGCCCCUGAUGUAGAUUUUUCACAUUAUAAAUGCUGCAUGAUUUAACAUGUCUGUCAGUUUUCACAUUCACAUGGGAAAAAAGCACAAAAAUUUGACACAAAAAGGCAAAAAAAAUCAUCGGCGUACAUGUUAAAGCUGAGUGUUUGAAAUGUAGACAACCUGUAGACAUGUUUUUAUUGAGCAUUUUGAAGUAUCAGCUUAGAGAAGAUGGAUCGAAAUUGCAAAAUGUGGGAGCAUUUCUGUGUCCGCAUGAGGUGGCUUUUUCCGAAAAACAGCCUCAGUGGAGAAUGACCACACCUUAUCUGAAUGAGAAUCAGAGAAUUAGAAUCAAUAUUUCUUCGUCUUCGGAACACGAGUCAUAGCCGAUAGGAGCUGACAGAAUUCCAAAACUUUCCUCUGAGAGUCCAGAUUGCCUGGUUUUGUUUCUUUCUUCUUUUGUUUCAAAUUGCGAUUUUCAUUUCUUUUCUAAUGUUUAUUGCAGCCAUGCAUAGCGUAGCCUAGUUUAUUUGCCCUCUAUAGACCCCUUGCAAUGUUUACUAACACAAGGUAUGCGUGCGCAGACCCGGUGCAGGAGCUCCUUAACAUUCCACUUGAAUUUAAUGGGUGAGCCAGUGUCUGACGACUGGGGUGUCUCGGAGUUCCCUAAACAAGAACAGAAAGAUAGCGUUUAGGAAAUUGCACGUCUCUGCUUUGGCCGCAUCAAUGGGCUCGCUUUGAGAAGGUGGUGGCGGCUGUUGUUUGGGACUGCCGCCGCCGACAGCCGCCUCCUGCUGCCUGCCGGACACGGCCUCUUGCUGUUUGGAUGCAGCAGAUGGUGUGCUGUCCUGUUGCUGCUGGCCUGGUUCGGCAUGUUGGGUAUUAAGUAAUCCUUCAAUGCGUUAUCAGGCACUACUUUGACAUACUGCACUGUCCUGCUAACGGGCUCAGGGCUUCUCCGGUAUAUCAGCAGGAACUGUGAUAUCAACGCAACGACUGCUCCGGAGAACGCGGAAAUCAGUAUUAAGUAAACCAAACGUUUAGCCGCGGUAACGAAGCAAGUUCCACCUGGUCGCUGUCACAGCUGCCAUAUCAUCUGCUUUACUACGAUUCUGACAGCCGACAGCACAACAAGAAGGCAUAUUUAGCGUAAUAUGUGCUUGCAAUAUCACGCCUUGGCCAGGUAAACAGGCUUUGUUUUGAACCGGGUCUGCGCGCGCAGCUGCCUAAUUAAGUAUGCAUACGUCAUGUGAAAGGGGUCUAUUAGUUGUAGGAAUAAGCCUAGUGCACAUUUUCUGUUUUCUUUUUUAAUCUUUGAGACAAAAGUUCACUUCACAUUUCUUAGAACUCAUUACUUAGACCAGUACUUGGAGGAAAUAUUAACCUGCUUGUUGCUGUAAUAAAACCUAAACAAUCCUUAAUAUAUUGUUCAAUAACUUAGGUACCGAUAGCUACAGAAGACGUCAAAGUAAAAUAGUAUUUGAUGACUUAAGAAAAUCUGAUAUUGGUCGACAAACUCGUUCUAAAAGACAGAAACACAUCAGAGUUCUACAGUUUUCUGCUGGUAAUGAACAUUUUAGUGACACAAACAGAACACAGUUAGUUUUUCUGGAAUCAAACCUGCAGCUUUAAACUCCACAUUCUGUUGAAGAAUCAGUGUUUUGUUGAAAAUUAAGCUUCUCUGCUUUGAUUUUAGUUGGAAUCACAGAACCAAUAUGAUUAAUGGCUACAAAUAAAUGCGAAGUAAAUAAUAAUAAAUGAUCUGUCUAUAGGAAUACAAAUUCUUAAAUUAUUUUUGUGAAGUGACAACAUGAAGUUACCUUUUGGCUGUUGGAAUACAAAUUUAAAAACAGAUUUAAAUGCCUGUUAUAUAUUGAAACUCUCAUUAAUAAACCUAUAAUUUCACACAGCUGAAUGAAAGUUGAAGAAAACAGACCUUUAGUUUGCGUUACUGAGGAACUUGUUUCACAUGUAAACAAAUCGCCAUCAUCCACACACCAGGGGGCGCUGCAGGAAGAAGUCGCUGGUAGAAUUAGCUGCAUUGCUGUUAAUGUUAUUUUGCAUUUGUCUUAAAAUGAUUUGAACACCAGCAUCAGUCAAAGUGCGUUGAUCAGAAGUUCCUUUAAAUUUUAGAAUUUUAUCUAAAAAUUAUUUUAAAAAGUCUUUCUGUUUUACAUUUUUACACAAAUCCAGUUUCACCAACAAGAUGAAUGUUUAUUUGUAAUUAUUUUAAAUGUAUUGAGGAUUAUUUCAGAUGUCACACCAACAGUUCACUGUAAAAACACACUAAAACCAUUCGUAGAAUCCCCAAAUUUACACUUUUAUUUUAAAUAACCGACAUAAAUCUGUGUAACUGGAUGCGCUAUGAUUGUAUCGGAAACAAAACAGAGUAGACUGCAGUGUGGGGAAGAUGUGUUUUCAUUUUUUUGUUGUUGUUGCUGAAGCUGCGCAUUAAUUACAGACGUCCAGAGAAAAAUAUGCAUUAAACAUCAAGUAAAGCAGAGCAAUGAGUUCAUGUAUUAAGCAAUAAUAAAGUCACAUUUAGCUGCUAAAGUCGACUUCGUGCUAAAACAUCAGUGGGAAACGAUGAAUAAUGAAAGAACGUUGAAUAAUAUUCAGUAAUUGUGGCUCAUUUUUGCAGAUUGCAGGUAAUGAAGUCCAGAAUAAAUUGAGUGCAAUCAGCAGAAAAAGAGUAUUAAAUCACAGAGAUGUAUUCCUAAAACAAAUAAAAGCGGUUUUUGGGUUUUUCUCUGGUUAGCAGCAGCUGCUUUACUGCAACUAUCAGUGGAAGAAUUCUCUAACAUGACAAAAAAAUAACCAUUACUCUCCAUUAUUUAUUAUUCAUAUGGAUAAUUUAUGUUCCCCGCAUGUCUCCUCUCUUAUCAAGACAAAGACAAGCUGAGACGGACACGGCUGAGGGGAAAAAGAUGCUGAGGUUUUUACUCCCAACACUUUCUGAAGCCUCCGUUUCCAUCAAAAAUUCAGCUUGCUAAAAAUAAAUGGGCAUGUCAUCACACAAGUGAGAGCUCAUUUGGUUCGGAGCCAGUGUUUGCAGGUCUUUAUGGGUCCGCUUUCACAAAGCAUUUCUCCAGAAUCUCCAAAAAUCAGCUCGCCGUGGCCUCUGGAUCACAGAUAAUUCAUUAAGAUGCCGCUCGAGAGUAAAGAGUUCACAAAUCAAAGGGAGGGAAAAAGAGGUCAGGCAGCAUCGGCGAGGAGUUCAGGAGACGAUUCUAAAUGAUGUAAUGGCACACGGGCUUUAUCUAAGCGACGAAAUCAAUCCUCAGAUGUUUUCAAAGUUCAGCGUGGAGUCUCUUAGAACUGAUAAUUCAGCUCACGAGCCAGCAGAUUCUUCCUUAUUCAGAUCUGUUCUGUAGCUGCGAUUUCAUAAAGAAACAAAAAGAAUAAGCAGUUUUUGGAAGUGAUUUAUUUAAUUUACCCCAAACCUUCAGCGGAGGUUAUUUUAAUUUCUGUAACUGCAUUUUUUUACCGUUAAACGUAUAAAACAAGAAGUGCAUUUACUGAAUUUUUCAUCCGACAUGGUCUUCUGAACUAAUCCUCUCCCAGCAGCUCAGGACGAAUCCAAACGUUGCAGAUUCCAUUAAUGAUGUAUGGACACAGAAGAGAGCCGAGGGGGGAAAGCAUCUUUCAAAAUUGAACUUUUUAUGUUAUUUCCUGCCUUUUUUUUAAGCUAAAAGAUCAAUUCACAAUUUAGAAUUUUAUCAAAAUAUUUUUUUAUUUUAGAUUUGGCAACGAUUUUACCGUUAAAAAAAGAAGCGACAUUUGAAAAUCAAAAUAGGCUGAUGUCAGUUCAUUUUCUAAUGAAACUUUAAGAAACUAAAUUGAAAACACUAGUGACAAAUUUAAGAGGCUGAAUCAAAUAUAAUUAGAAACAGCUAUUUAUUACAUUAAUUGCUUUACAUAGAAAAGAUGUUUAAUUGUUCUCAUGUCUGUUACAGUUGACGUUCAUAAAGGAGUUAUUUUUCAUGACUAAAAGUUUCACAGAAGUCUGACCCCAAUAGACCCUGUGCACGUCAAAAUGCUGACUUCCGGGUUCUGACCGGGAGGGCUUACAGGUCCUUCCGGAGGCUAUUUCGCAGCAUGGAUAACAUGGAAUCAAAAAAGAAAAACAUUGUUUUCUCGGCAAAACAAAAAAUCAGAUUUCAGCGUGUUCAAGGUCGAUAUGGGAGGUACUGUAGUGUACCAUUAUGUUCGGCUUCUGGUGUUUAUAACGGUUCUAUAAGCCUUCACCGUUUUCCAAAAGACCGGCAUUUGCGGGCUCAGCGGAUUACCAAAAUUAGACGAAAAAAAUGUUUCACACUGAGCUGAGGAUCGGGAAUAUUAGUGCAUAGUCACUGAUCAAACAGCAAAUAUCUGAUAAACUAUAACAACAAUCCGUGCACUCUUCAAUCAUUUGUUAUUCCGUUUUGACACCUAAUCAAAUAUAGAGUAAAUCCAAGCAUUUAUUUGUCAUUUUGUUCAAACAAAGCUACAAAUAUAAAAUGUCUUGCUGAACUCGACUAAGUACCAAAGACUAAAGUGUAAAGUGGAUUCUCGUAGCUAACUAAGCAAAAAAUAGUAAUGUAUAAAUAUUAGAAAAUAAAAUAAGGUACAUGUUUGGCAAGCCCUACAGUUAAGCUAGCGCUAGUUAUGUAGGAUGCGAUGCCACUUACCUUCAAAGUUAUAUAUGUACUGGGAUAUAUAAAAUUUGAAUCCCUUUUCCCGUUUGCUUUGAGGAGCUGACGAAAAAUCAUCAACGAGACGAUAAACAUCGUCAACAGAAAUUUUAGGCAAGUUGCCGAGGCAUCUGGAAAAGUAAAGUGUACUGCUGGCUUCUUCCAUUUUGACAGCGCUGUAAGCGGGACCGGAAGUAACUGUAGCACCCGGAGUUUUUCAACCGGAACUAGCACAUGCUAUCAUGCACAGGGUGUAUUUAUAAUUCCUGACGUGUUCAAAAAAAAGAAAAUAGGAUUACUAUAAGUAAAAAAAAUGAUUCCCUAACAAUAUUUGACUUUUUUGUUUUUCUGCAGUCUCCAUUUCGUCUCAGCAUGAAAGCAAAGUUCCCAUUUUACCUCCCAAACACGAGACACCAUUGGAAAGGCCAGAAAAUCCUCUAUUGAACACAUCAGGAUUUAGCUGAAAUGAGUAAAAAACAAAUGUCCAGUAAGCUCAACUUCAUGCAGAUCCAGCAGCAACCAAGCAAAAAGAAAUUAUUUUACUACUCUUUACUACAACCGAUUCAAGUGCAGCUCUACAGCAGGACUGUACAGCGUUAUUCAGUGUUUCAACAACAUACAUGUGUUGUUAGGCGUCAUAAAACAAGUGUACAGGAUGUAGAAACGCACCAUACCCUCAGAAAUACAGAUUCACGAGAUACCAGAGACUUUGUUGGCUUAAAAACAUCCAACCAGCUCAUCCAAAGCUCAUUAGUUGACACAUACUGCUUGUUUCCUUCAUGCAAAAUCUGAAAUUUUACGAGUUUUGUGCAAGUAGGUUUAUAUGAACGUUAUGUUGGGUUUCUGGAGGGCUUAGAUGCUUUUUUUAAGGGGUUCUCUCCAAAGAAUAUUCAGUAUUAUCUGAUUAAAACCUUUUAUCAUCUUCCUGUUGUCAACUUGAUAAAGUUCUGCUCAGAUGUCAGCAGCCAGCUGACUCUCAGAAUCUUUUUUUUUAAAGAAUCUAAGAUUGUUGCCAACUAGAUUCAGUUUGAUUUUCUCCCUUGUUCAUUUGUAAAGACGUUGUGAGACUCUAUGAACUCAUUUUCACUCGUCAUUAAAUUAUUUCUUAUAUGAAAUCAAAUCGCAGGAGUUUUUAGGGUGAAACUCUUUUAGGGCUGAUCUAUUUCUUUUAUUCCAGACUUGCCACAAUGUCACAAAACCUAAAAUAACAUCUGCGUAGGAUGAAGUUUAACUUAUUAACUUGAACCCUCUACACAUCUGUACAUCUCAUAUCUCACUGUUUCCUGUUUGUCAUCACACCUGCCUCGUUUUUUUAGCUGUUUAGAAACUCCAGCAACACAUUUACUGUUCCACAUUUUUCUGUUUUUCAAGCAAUCUAGUAUCAAGUAGUCAUCAUCCAGACCGUUCCAUAACUUUACCUCAUAAACCCUUCAUGGUGGUACGAGCAAAUGGCUUUUUUUAAUUCAGAAACAGCAACCUAGACAUGCUGAGGCUGUAAAUAACCCAUAAUGCAACACUCACUGAGGGAAAACUCUGGAUAUGACCGGGUUAGUUGUUACCCCCUGCUUCCAGUCUUUAAGCUAAACUACGCUAAGCUAAGCUAAGCUAAUGGACUUUUGCUAAUAAUUUCCUAUAAUUGUGUGGCAUCAAUAAUCUGAUCUAAAGUCUGUUAAAUUACUCUCUCAAAUUACUCCUUUAUGGCUUUAUUGAGCCUCCAAGUUAGUUUUCUUGAAGAAUAAAGCGUAUAAAUCAAAUUAAAGCUGCUGAUUUGUGUGGAUUGUGAGCUUUAGUCUCAAACAGCACGAAAUAAUCUUUGAAUUAAUGAAAACACAACCAAACAUCUGCAUUGACUUUCCAUGACAACAAAGCUGACAGUAAUGAGGUGCUGACUGUCGUUUUCUGUGAUUUAUCUGCACUAAUCUCAUUUGAAUAUAUUUAUUUUCUUCAACAGAUUUAUUGUUAUACUUUAAAAAGAACUGUAAAUUCUUUCUUUGGUGGGAUAUUUUCAUUGGAUUCCACUGGAUAAAUCUGCUCUUUCACUUCACCAAUGACAGACAUGAAUGACAGAACCGGUGAUAUUUGUAUAAAACUUUCCUUCUCAACGACACAAUCGUAGCUUCGGGUCUUUUGUGUUGGUUUUAUUUCCACUGUAAAUUUACCAUUUUAUCAGUUUCUUUACAUUUUAUCCACAGGAAGGAAACCAGAUCAGAUUGUUUUCAUGAUAUCGGUAUAAAGAUGAAUCCUGUUCCAUGUAGAAAUCAGAUUUUGUAGCUCAAGAACUUGCAUGUGGAGAGUUAGUUUCACUCCAGAAAUACUCGGUACUAAAAGGAGGGAUGCACUCUAAGAUCCCUGAAAGCAAUAUGUGCUGUAACAUUUAUAAACUAAGAUCCAAAAAUAUGGAAAACCUGAUGCCACCAAGUGAAGGCGACCUUUUCUCUGUUCUUUUUCGAGUGCUGCGGAACCACUUCACUGCAUUAACCCUCUUGUUAUUGAAGUCAUUACCUUUAAUUGCUACUGAGAAGCAUGCAACACUGUGCCUUCGUAUAAAUUGCCCCGUCCUCCUCUUCCAGGCCUGCAGAGAGAAAAGCAGUGUUAAAUAUCCAAACUACCGUUGCUCCUUUGAAGCGACUGAUCUAUUUUUGUGGUCAGCUCUGGAGAAGCUGCCUAGUUCUAAAGCCCUACUCAUAGCUCUAUAUAGAUAGAUAUAUAUGCACAAGUUAUACUGCAAUGUUUAGGUUCGUAAGAAAGAGCAAAACUUCGGUGUUUGGUUCCUGUAAUAUGCACAUGCCUCUAUGUUCACACGUCAUGUGAUGAGAAAUGUAACUAUUUCAAGCACAAUGGGAACUCUUUGUUAUGAACUGUGACAUACUGUGCUAUUCAUAAUAAAUAUUUUAUACGUAC